GCCCCAGGCAGGCAGGCAGACGAACGGAGACACCUCUCAGCCCACGGGCACGGUCUGUGCCUCCCCGGAAGAUGCAGAUGCUCUCGAUGCUGCUUGCCGCAGUGGGCACCUGCCUGGGCCUGCUGGUGACAGCUGCAGCGGGUGCUAACCCUGCCCACCCGGACACUCCCGGCAUACUGCCCAGCCACCGGCGCCAGAAGAGAGACUGGAUUUGGAACCAGAUGCACAUCGAUGAAGAGAAAAAUGCCUCGCUGCCCCAUUACGUGGGCAAGAUCAAGUCCAGCAUGAAUCGCAAGAACGCCAAGUACCUGCUUGAAGGAGACUUUGCCGGCAAGGUCUUCAGGGUCAAUGCAGAGACAGGGGACGUGUUUGCCUUUGAGAGGUUGGACAGGGAAAAGAUCUCUGAGUACAACCUCACUGCCCUCGUGGUGGACAAGGACACCAACAAGAACCUGGAGUCUCCUUCCAGCUUCACCAUCAAAGUGCAUGACGUGAAUGACAACUGGCCUGUGUUCACGCACCGGCUGUUCAACGCAUCCGUGCCCGAGAUGUCGGCUGUGGGGACCUCGGUCACCCGUGUGACAGCAGUGGAUGCAGACGACCCCACUGUGGCAGACCAUGCCUCUGUCAUGUACCAAGUCCUGACAGGAGAAGAGUAUUUCACCAUCGACAGUUCUGGAUUCAUUCUUACGAAGAUCAAAAACUUGGACCGAGAGACAAAGGCCAGGUACGAGAUCGUGGUGGAAGCACGAGAUGCCCAGGGCCUCCGGGGGCAGUCAGGCACGGCCACCGUGCUGGUCACUCUGCAGGACGUCAACGACAACUUCCCCAUCUUCAAACAGACCAAGUACACGUUUACCGUGCCGGAAGACAUCCGCGUGGGCAGCCCCCUGGGCUCUCUGUUUGUCGAGGACCCAGACGAGCCCCAGCACCGGAAGACCAAGUACAGCAUCGUGCAGGGCGAGUACAGGGACACCUUUACCAUUGAGACGGUCCCCACUCGCAACGAGGGCAUCAUCAAGACCACGAAGCCCCUGGACUAUGAACGCGUCCGGCAAUACAGCUUCACCAUCGAGGCCACAGACCCCACCAUCAACCUGAGCUACCUGAGCGGCGCCUCCACCAGAAACAUUGCCCGUGUUGUCAUCAAUGUCACAGACGUGGACGAGCCCCCCAACUUCCAGCAGCCUUUCUACCACUUCCAGCUGCGGGAGAACCAGAAGAAAACUUGGAUCGGCUCAGUGCGGGCGGUUGACCCCGACGCCGCUCGGCGGAGCAUUGGAUACUCCAUCCGCAAGACCAGUGACAAGAACCAGUUCUUCCAAGUAACCAAGCAGGGGGACAUUUACAAUGACAAAGAACUGGACAGAGAAAUCUUCCCUUGGUAUAACCUGACAGUGGAGGCCAAAGAACUGGAUUCUAGGGGGACCCCCACGGGCAAAGAAUCCAUUGUGCGAGUCCACAUUGAGGUUACGGACGAGAACGACAACACCCCAGAGUUUGCCCAGCCCUAUGAGCCCAAAGUGUGUGAGAAUGCUGCCCAGGGCAAGGUGGUUGUGCAAAUCUCGGCAAUAGACAAGGACAUAACACCACAAAACGUGAAGUUCAAUUUCUCCCUGAGCACUGAAGACAACAACUUCACCCUCACAGAUAAUCACGAUAACACAGCCAACAUCACAGUCAAGUACGGGCAGUUCGACCGGGAGCGUGCCAAGGUCCACUACCUGCCCGUGCUCAUCUCAGACAACGGGGUGCCGAGCCUCACAGGCACCAGCACGCUGACCGUGGCCGUGUGCAAGUGCAACGAGCGCGGCGAGUUCACCUUCUGUGAGGAGGUGGCCGCCCAGGUGGGCGUCAGCAUCCAGGCGCUGGUAGCCAUCUUCCUCUGCAUCCUCACCAUCACAGUGAUCACCCUCCUCAUCUUCCUGCGGCGGCGGCUCCGGAAGCAGGCUCGCGCCCACGGCAAAAGCGUGCCGGAGAUCCACGAGCAGCUGGUCACCUACGACGAGGAGGGCGGCGGCGAGAUGGACACCACCAGCUACGACGUGUCGGUGCUCAACUCGGUGCGUCACGGCGGGGCCAAGCCCCCGCGACCCGCGCUGGAUGCGCGCCCGUCCCUCUACGCCCAGGUGCAGAAGCCGCCUCGGCACGCGCCCAGGGCGCACGGCGGGCCCGGGGAGAUGGCCGCCAUGAUCGAGGAGAAGAAGGACGAGGCGGACCACGACGGCGGCGGCCCGCCCUACGACUCGCUGCACAUCUACGGCUACGAGGGCUCCGAGUCCAUUGCCGAGUCCCUCAGCUCCCUGGGGACCGAUUCGUCCGACUCGGACAUCGACUACGACUUCCUCAAUGACUGGGGGCCCAGGUUCAAGAUGUUGGCGGAGCUGUACGGCUCCGACCCCCGGGAGGACCUGGUGUAUUAGGGGGGCCGCGGGCCUCUGGGCCUGGGGAUCCAAACCACUGCGGCUCAGGCCACUCAGACACCAGGCACUGUGCCCUCGAAUUGUAGCUCUCACGCCCCAGCCUAGCACCCCUUCCUCGUGGGUCCCAGCGACCUCACCGCCAUGGGUAGCAAACUCCAGGUCCCUGAAACAUCCAGGAAUGGCCAUAUUUCAGUGACGGCUACCCCCGAAAUGCUGGAACAUCCAGGCUAGUGUUCUGUUCGGGCUCGGACAUCCACAGAACCCUGUCGCCUGGGACCACGGUCCAACUGGAAGACUUUCCCUGGCUCCUCAAAGCAGCUUAUGUCCAACGGCCAUGGGGAGGUCUCCCCCUGAGGUCCCUGAACCUCCUGAUGAGGUUGGCGAGGUCCUGGGGCCUGUCUGCCUGGAAGCAAAAGGCUGGGCAGCACGACUCCUGGACAGCACUCUCUGCAGCCCAGUCCCAGGGGCUAUGGGACUGACCCUCAGCCUGACCUGCUUCAACUUCUGCACACCCUCCCAAGUCCCCAGCCCCUCCCCAGGCCCGUCAAGAGCAAGGAAGGGGCUCCUUGGCAGCUCCUGACCCUGGGUCCUGAGGUGACCUUGCUGACCUGCCGCGCUGGUAACUGUGCCGUACUGAGAGUCGAAAAUUCAACCCAAAGUCAGAGAAAUGGCUUGUUGAACUUUGAAGCAACUGUGAAUUCAUCCUGGAGGGACAGUGGAGACCAAGUAUGACAGAUCAUAGGGUGAGGGCCACCUCCACGCCCACACCCUCGGGAGAGGGCCUGGAGUCGCUGUGACCCCAAUUCAGGACUCAUCGACACCCCUCCAGUUCUGCCUGGGAAGUGGGCCAGACAUUCCCAGAGCAGAACUCCUCUCCCCAUCUCUGCCUGGUCUAGUCGCUCAUUCAUGCUCUCUCUUUUCUCUCUCUCUCUCUCCAUCUACUCCGUACCUCUUGACUUAGAGGCACUCAAGAUGUGACCCUCAGCAACUCCGGCCAAAGGCCGAACCCAAGCAUGACUGCACAACAGAGCCGUGCCCUUUGCCUUUACACCCCGUCAUGGCCGCAUCUCAGGGAACCCCAGCAGGGCCCCGUCCCUCAGGCACACCCCGCAGAAGGCAAGGCCCCUGCCCUGCCCAAGCCCUAUCGUCAUCUGUGCAUCUCCCACUUUCAGCCACAUAUGGAACAUUCCACUGCAAACACCCCUUGGGGAAGUGGCACCACUCAACGGGAGGGGGCAGGAAGGAGGCAGACUCUCCUACUCACCCUUCAUCACGACUGAGGUUCCCAUCCUGGGCAAGGCCCCUCACACUUCAGCGGACUGUAGAUAACACUGACUUUUUUUUUUUUAACCAAUAACUAGUUCUUUGUUUUUGUUUUUGUUUUUUUUUAACUAAUAAUACUUACACGAUUCUAGCUCUCACAAACAUAUAGAAUAAGGGUUUUUGCAUAAUCAGGUUGCUAUCUAGGUUAACAAUUUUAAUUCAGGUUUCUUAGUUGGAUAAGCAAAUUCCUGUAACCUUCUAUUUCCUAUCAUUGUAGUAAUUACUCUGAAGAUAAUAACUAUAUAUUGACCACACUGGUGCAUGGGACGUACUGUAUUUUUUUUAUACCUAAAUAAAGAAAAAUUUUGAAAUUCUUCCAUUUCUAGAGCUCAUGUGAAACACACAUACACACAUGUACACACCACCA